UUCCUCCCCACCCCCGGCCUCCCCCCUCGCUUUUGUAGCUUUCCAUUCCCCACUGCUGCGUGCAAGCAUCUUCCCUCCCCCGUCCUCUUUAAUCCCCUCCUCGCCGUCCCAUUGCCGCCCUUCCAGCCUAGCCGCCCCUCCUCCUCAAUCCUCAUCCCCCCCCGCUGUAACACCAUUCUACCUCUCCGAGCUCUGCUCUGAAUGGUGAACAGCCUCCUGCUACAGUACAGACAGGCCGGCAGGCGUGCUCGCCUUGUUUGUUCGUUUCUGUUGCGGCUGGGUUGCUUGCCUUGUGACGCGAGAGAUUGAGAGGCCCGCGGGUAGCGGCGAGACGGAGGGCAACGCGCAGCUUGUGACGCGGGGCUUGGCAUCUUCCGGGCUGCCGUUGGUUCGUUGCCCAUCAAUGCACUCCUCCUCCCCUUGCCUUCGCUGCAUGCAAUUGCAAUCCGUGUGUGCCUCUGGUCGCCGGCGUUGGUUGGCUGUCAGCUUCGCGCUCGCAUUGCCUUCUUCUUCUCUUUAGCUACAAGAAUCUGACGGGCGCAGCGCUCGCCUAGGACAAAAGCUCCACUGUUCCCUGCUUCGUUGGAGUGUCUCUCCGUCUCUCUGUGUGCGCGCAUUGCUCCGACGAGCGAUUUGUCUGGUUGUGGCGGUGCCGGGAGCGCCGGAGCUUUCCUUUUAGUGGCACGGUUCAUGCCCCAGUUGGUUGUUGCUGCUGCUGCUGCUGGUGGUCUGAAAGGGAAUCAGAGCAGAGCCCAGUGGAGGCAGGGCGAUCCGAGGCAAGCUAAGCUAACGCUCCGGGCAUGCGUUUCUUCACCACAGGCGGGGGCGGCUCGUCGUCGGCGCGGUCGUACGAGCCCAUGGCCACGGCCGACACCACGGACCUGCGCUACUGGCUGCAGUGGCGGGUGGGGCUGUGCGCGCUCUGGGUGCUCGGCUGCAUGUCCGUCGCCGCCUACCUCAUCUGGCGCCACGAGGGCACCGGCGCCGACCGACGCCCGGGCGGCGCGUCCCCGUCUUCCUCGGCCGCGGGCGGCGAGGCGGGCGGCGGGAAGGGGAGGCGGCCCGGGGUGCUAUACGAUGACGAGGCGUGGCGGCCCUGCCUCCGGGACAUCCACCCGGCAUGGCUGCUGGCGUACAGGCUCAUCUCCUUCUUCGUCCUCCUCAGCCUGCUCGUCGUCAUUGUCAUCUCCGAUGGCGGCAACAUCUUCUACUACUACACCCAGUGGACCUUCAUUCUGGUGACGAUUUACUUCGGGCUUGGCACAGCCCUGUCCAUCUAUGGCUGCAGCAAGUUCGCCGAUGAGAAUGUCGCCGCCGUGACGGCGGAUAUGGAGCUUGGCACCGCUUACAUUGCCCGUGGUGCGGCUGCUAAACCGAGCUUCGAAGAACACGAUGGCGCUAGAGAAAUUGCUGGGUUCUGGGGUUACCUGCUCCAGAUCAUCUAUCAGACAAAUGCAGGUGCUGUGAUGCUGACAGACUGUGUGUUUUGGUUCAUCAUUUUCCCAUGCCUCACCGUCAAGGACUACAACCUCAACUUCUUGUUGAUAGGAAUGCACUCAGUCAAUGCUGUUUUCCUGCUUGGUGAGGCAGCCCUGAAUAGCUUGAGCUUCCCUUGGUUCCGGAUCGCAUACUUCUUCCUUUAUACGGCGCUUUAUGUCAUUUUUCAAUGGAUUGUCCAUGCAGCAACUCCAAUUUGGUGGCCUUACCCAUUCCUCGACCUGUCAUCUAAUCUGGUACCUUUGUGGUACCUGGCGGUCGCGGUGAUGCAACUGCCGUGCUACGUGGUGUUCCGGCUGGUGAUCAAGCUGAAGCACCACCUGCUGGCCAAGUGGUUCCCGGGCUCGUUCGUGAGAGGCUGCUAGGGCGCAAGCCAGCGCUGCCGUCUUCUUCGCCUCCAUUGCCAGCAGUCCCUUCAGGAAGAAGGCAAAGCCGAGCUGCUGGAGAAUAAUGGCGGAUCGAGGCCGGCUUCUUUGUGCGAUUCUUACGCGGGUGCCCUCUCCAAGGAAAGAAUAGAGGGGAGCGGCGCCCUGCAAGCGUUUUAUUUACUACUUGGUUUACAGCGUAUAGGUUGGUGACUUGGUGAUGUACAUGGGGGUGGAAGCAGCAUACAGUAGUUUUUAAGAGUUUUUGCUGUGGUGGUGGGGAGUGGCCGAGUGAACAGGGGUAAAGGCUAAAGAGUGGCUGUGCAUAGGUUGGCUGGCUGAUUGGUGAAAUGGAGAUGAUGGUAUUCGUUGA